AUGGACUAUUCGAGUGAGGAAAUGGAGCCUUGGAUUUCCCAGUUUUGUUCCAUGUUUGGACACGACUACUUUGUCGAAGUGGCUCCUGAGUUUAUUGAGGAUGAUUUCAACCUCACGGGACUGAGCUCAGUGAUUCCAUACUACAAACAGGCAUUGGACGUUAUUCUUGACCUUGAGCCAGAAUCACCGCUCUCUCCAAGCGAUGCCCCCCUAGUGGACCAUGCUGCAGAGCUGCUCUAUGGACUCAUCCAUGCAAGGUAUAUACUUACCAAGCCCGGUCUACAUGCCAUGGCAGAGAAGUACGAGCGCAACUGUUUUGGGUCGUGUCCGAGGUAUUACUGUGACGGAAUGCAUUUGAUACCCAUUGGCAGGUUCGAUUCCCCCGGUAUAGAGACUGUUCGGCUAUAUUGUCCCAAUUGUAACGACAUUUACUUGCCGAGUUCGUCGAGGUACUUGAACAUUGAUGGAGCCUUCUUUGGUACCAGCUUUGCCGGCAUGUUUAUGAAGAUGUUCCCCGAAAUCAAGAGGCAGUCCAAUGAGCGAACCAGGGACAUCUUCCAGUUGAAGCUCUUUGGAUUCAGGUUGAACGAAAUGGCUCCCUGUGGACCUCGUAUGAAAUGGCUACGCCAAUGGCCGUCCAAUGAGAGAGAAUACAAGGAGUUUGAAAUGUGUAAAUUUGGCAUUCCUCCCUUGAGCGUGGUGGAUACAGUCGACGCAGACCAAAUGGACGAAGACGCCGAAAAUUCUACUAAUGGUGGUCAUGGAGGCAGUGUAGAUGCUGAUAAGAACAAGGAUGCCGAUGCAGACGAUGUGGACGACGACAUGAACAGCAGGAAAACGGGGUACCAUACCAACCACAGCACAGAGGGCGGCAUGAGCAUCAUUUGA